AUGUCGUCUCACAAAGAUGAGCUUCUCGCUAAGAAGGCGCGCCUCGCCGAACUUAAACGCCAGCGGGCAUUGCGCGAAGAACAGUAUUCCUCCGGUCGUCAUAGUAUUGGAGAGGCUCCCUCCCCAAGCAGGACAGCAGAGGAGCGUAAAUCCGAGAUCGACCACUUGGUGUCUACGCUGAUCGGGCGUCAACGAGAUUCAACUGCUUCGGAUAGCAGGAGGGCGAGUCGACCGUCCUCUAUCCAAGGCACCGGGCAGAUAACUCCUCAGUCCGAUGUUGAACCAUCACCUCGGAUAUUAAUGCAAUCUAUCUCCACCCAAACCGAUUCUUCUCCUACCUCAUUUCCCGUCUACGAGGAUUCUUCCACCAGUGAACCCGCUGCCCCCAAACGUGAAUACAUUACCUAUACCAAGGGUGUACAGACAGAGCCAUAUGUCGAGGAUACCACUAAGUCACAGGCCACGUCAGACGACGAACUACCUGUCCGUUCCAGAAAGCGGCUCAGCAGGAGGGAUCAGGAAAGAGACGAGGAAAUAAGAGUCAGCCUGCGCAAGGAGAUCGAAGAUGAGCUGAGGGCCACCCUCAACAGAGAGUCUACAAUUUCAUUGUCGGCCUCCUCUCAACAACGCUUCCCUCUUCGAACAUUGACCAACACCGAGUUGAAUGCUGUCGUUGGAUCCUCUGAAUUUGUCUCUUUUGUCGAGCGUUCUUCCAAAGUUAUUGAGCGAGCCUUGGACCUGGACGAUGAAUACGAUCUGUUGACUGAUUAUACCCGAACAUCGAGCCUGGAUGACGAGGAUGAUACGAGUUAUGCACGAUCCAAUAAAAAGUCUCAUUCUUUGCGCGAGUCAUUCCAACUAUUUUCUGACCGUCACUCCCGAAGACGAAUAGUCUCAGAUAUUCAAUUUUCGCCUCAUUUCAACGAACUGCUUCUAUCGUCCUAUACCAAAAACCCGUCCGCUCCUCACGAACCUGCUGGUCUGGUUCUCCUCUGGAACGUUCACGCUCCGUCCAGUCCAGAAUAUUCUUUCACGGCUUCAUCAGACGUUCUUUCAGCUCGAUUUUCGCCAUUCCACCCAAAUCUAGUUAUUGGGGGUUGUUAUUCUGGACAAAUAUGUCUCUGGGAUACAAGAUCUUCGGGCAGAACCGGUCAGCCAGUCCAGAAGACACCUCAAUCAGGCUCACAUUUGGGACAUACUCAUCCAGUCUACAGUAUUAACGUGGUGGGAACUCCUAAUGCUCACAAUAUCGUGACAGCUUCCAUGGACGGAGUUGUGUGCUCCUGGUCCGUCGACAUGUUGACCCAAGCACAAGAGUACCUGGUUCUCAAUACCCCUGCUCCUGCCAGAACCGACGACCUUGCACCAACGAGCAUGAGCUUCCCAGCAUCUGACCCAACCUUUUUCCUCGUUGGUACAGAGGAAGGAGCUAUAUAUCCUUGCCACCGCUACGACCGAGCAGGUGCUCAAGCUGGCGUGGACAAUCGUGUUGCUUACCGCGGCCACUCUGCGCCUGUUAUGAGUUCUCAAUUCCAUCCUACACGUGGGCCUUUGGACCUAGGUGACCUCCUCCUCAGUUCGAGUUCGGACUGGAGCAUCAAGCUUUGGAGGGUCAAACCUGCUGCAAGCUCUGUUGCGACGGUUGCUGACAAAAACGUCAAACCCAUUCUCGAUAUCGCACGUGAAGACUUAGUCUAUGACACCAAAUGGGCUCCUUACAAGCCAUCCGUCUUUGGUUGUGUGACAGGAUCUGGUGACCUAGAGGUAUUCGACUUAAGCUAUGAUCUCGAGGUGCCGAUUACCAAAGUCAACCCUACUCGAGGUAAGAGCGGUAUCUUACCCUUCAAAGGGCUAAAUAAGCUGGCAUGGGAGGAGAAACGCGGCAGCCAAAUCGCCGUUGGUGGACUCGAUGGUGUAGUCACUGUCUUCGAUGUCGGUAAGGGCCUCCAGGGAGGAAAUACGGAGGUGAACGAAGAAGAAUGGAAAGCGAUGAAGCGGCUGGUAACCAGAUUAGAAGGUGCGAGUGCGAAAUAG